ACAAAAAAUAAAGAGGGUAAACUCUAAUAAAUCUGGCAUUUCUACAUUAGGAAGAAAUUUGACCAGAUAGUGUCUGAAGAUAUUUUAAAAAACAUAACCUUAAGAUACAUACCAGGAAACUCACUACUUCAUGGAGUCUCUUUAGAAUAUUAAACAAUGCUCACCUGCCUUUUCUUUACUUGCCCUUGCCUAGAACCAGCUGCAGGCACACUCCCCAAGCCUGACCUGUGAUGGCACCCCAGCCCAGGGCCAGAGUACUCAGAGCACCCGUUGCAGCAUCAACCACCUCAUCUUCCGUGAGGGUGCUAAGAUGACUUUCAUGGUCACCUUUGACAUCUCCCCCAAGGCCAUACUGGGUGAUAGGUUGCUUCUGACAGCUAAUGUGAGCAGUGAAAAUACUACUCCCAGGACCAGCAAGACCACCUUUCAGAUGGAGCUCAUGGUGAAGUAUGCCAUCUACACUGUGAUCAGCAGCCAUGAACAGUCCACCAGGUACCUCAACUUCUCAGCCUUGGACUGGGAGGAAAGCAACCAGGCUCAGCAUAGAUACCAGGUGAACAAUCUGGGACAGAGGGACCUGCCUGUCAGCAUCAACUUCUCUGUGCCUGUGGAGCUGAAUGGGGUGCCUGUGUGGACAGAGUUAGAGGUUUUCCACCCCCAGAACCCCUCCAUUCAGUGUUCUUCAGAGAGAAUGGUGCCCAUAGAGUCUGACUUCCUGACCCACAUUCAGAAGAAUCCCGUGCUGAACUGCUCAAUUGCUGACUGCCUGAGGUUCCACUGUGACCUGCCUUCCUUUGGCGUCCAGGAGGAACUUGACUUCAUCCUAAAGGGCAACCUCAGCUUUGGCUGGGUCAGCCAGACAUUGCAGAAGAAGGUAUUGAUUGUGAGUGUGGCUGAACUCAUGUUCAACACGUCUGUGUAUGCCCAGCUUCCAGGACAGGAGGCAUUCUUGAGAGCUCAGAUGGAGAUGGUACUGGAGAAGUAUGAGGUCUACAACCCUGUCCCCAUUAUUGUGGGCAGCUCUUUGGGAGGACUGCUGCUGCUGGCUCUCAUCACAGUCAUUCUGUAUAAGGUUGGCUUCUUCAAACGUCAGUAUAAGGAAAUGAUGGAGGAAGCAAAUGGACAGACUAUCCCAGAAAAUGGGACACCAGACCCUCAAGCUUCCCAAUAAGAAAUUACCUCCUAUUCUCCCUUGAACCUGUUCUCUUCUGAGAGGUUUCCUGGCCCUCUUACUCUCAGCUAAGUUAGGCCAGCAGGGAGAGAAAUGCUCCAUGUGAGGGAGGCCAGCUUUCUCCCUUUGGGAGGAUGCAUUGUGUUCACUGAAAGCUCUUGCCAGGGAAGGGCUAUUUGUUUUGUCAAGUCUGCAACUGGAAACCCCAGAACAGGAUUUUCACCAUACCCUUGAUUUUUACCUAGAAGUACAUGAACAAUAGCCUCAGGCUCCAGUCUCUCUUCACUAGCUACCAAUGAUCUUUCUAAAAUACAAUACUAAACAAGGCACAAUCCUCAUCUAUCUUUGGUGGCUCCCUAUUAACAUAGGAUAACUCCUGAACUCUCCAACUUGAUGUUAGGAAUCCAGUUGAAUUUCCAGAAGGUGGGCUUUGAUGUACACACCAUGAGUUGCUUUGUGCCUUCCUAUCAUCCUCAUUCCUAGUAAAUACUGUCAAAGCAGCUUUUUGUCUCAGAAAUUUCAGCCCGCAUUUUGAAACUGAAUUGGGAAUAAAAUGUCUACACAUUGGAAUUUGUAAA